AGGCAAAGGAGGGAGGAUAAAGCAAGAAUCGAGGGAGAAAAGAGAACACAGAGGCACAGAAAAACAGAUCAUUAUACAGCAAACGAGCAAGAGGCCACUGAAUGAAUAACAAGGAAGGGAUUACAAAGCGCAGGACCAAAAAAAAAAGAGGAGAGGACGCUGAACACUCUCUCUUUCUCUCUACUCUCUCCUUCCUCCACUCCCUCCCCCCUCUUCCUAUCCUUCCUGUCACCCUCCCAACUCUCCCACAGGCUCUCCCUCGCAGGCGAGCUCUCUAGUCAAAGAUGGCAUGAGCACACUAUCACCCGUCCUCAGCUUGUGCAGCGUAUUCUCUUCUCCCCCCUCCCCUCUCCUUCUCUCUCUCUAUCGCUGCACUCCUGUAUCUCCCUCCGAUCCCUUUUCACCUCCUUGCUCGACACAGGUUCAAUCCAGAGGGCGAAGAGGAGGGAGGUAGACAGAGGCUGACCUCUCCACUCCUCACACCUCGCACCCGCAGGGCCCAGAGGGUGCCGGAGGAGGGAGCCGUCUGAUGACUUACGCCGACAACGAGCUCCUUAACCCGGCCGGCCACAGCGCGCCCCCUCCUCUCUCCUCCCUGCUCCUGUGGAUUCUCUCCUUCUCACAGUCAGUGGAGGAGUGAUCCAGGACCAUGUUUGGGUUAAAGACUCCACACUUCUACCUCCCAGGUAUGAACCAUGAGUCCAAUAAAUCGGCAUCAUUAGGAAUGAUCUCCACGGCAACUCGCACCACCGCCACUGUCAGCCCCCUCAGCCCACUAACCAAUGGGAACGUGGUCGCCCAAUCUGCAAACUCUGGAUUCGCUGCUGCCCUGCGCAAACUGGCCAAACAGGCCGAAGAUCCCAGAGGUUCUGCCGUCAGCGGUGAGUCGUCUCCCGUCCCGUCCCCGGCCACCAGCCACAGCUCGCCGGUAACCACCCCGAAGCGGGGCUCGCUAGGGCCCCACCUGGGCCAGACCAGAGGCCACGGUGUAUCCGGCACCGCCCCGGUGGUCACCAUUGCCCCUACCAAGACCAGCAACGGCCUGUGGAGGGCCGACGCAAGACAGGUUGAUCUGAGUGUUCAGGGACUCGGUAGAGAGCGGUUGGGGGCCGAGAACACCCAGACACAACAGGAUAAGAGGACUCCUCCGACCCCCUCUCGUCACCCCCUGGCUCACCCCUUCGGCCUCACCCCUAGCUCAGUCAUGCAGGACCCCAGAAUGCAGAGCCUCAGUUUGCCCGGGCAGAUGCACCCCGUGGUUCCCUCGAGCGCCAUCCAGGAGGAGUACCUGAGAGCGCUGCGGCCGUUUGGCACGUCGGAUGACCUCCGGCUGACCUCUCUACCCAUGAGUUUGGAGCAAGCUGCCGCGGCCCACGCCGCAGCCGCCGCUGCUUACUAUCAUCCUGCCUACAUGCACCACCCGCUGUCCUUACCAAGGAUGGAGGAGUCCAUGUGUCUCUCCGCGCUACGCUCGCAGUUCUACUCUGUACCUGGAGGAGGCGCCUUCUCUCCUCUCCACCACUCUGCCCUCCACUUGCACAUGCCUGGAGGCCGCUACCCCGGAGAACUGAACCACACGGCGGCGCUGGCUGAAAGGCUGCAGAUGGAGAAUGAUCUCCGCCAGCGAGAGAGAGAGCAAGAGCGCGAACGAGAGAAAGAAAGGGAGCGUGAGGCCGGGCUGGAGCGGGAGAGGGAGAGAGAGAGGGAGGAGGAGCGGGAGAGAGAGCUGGACAGGCAGAAGGACAGGCAGAAGGAGAGGCAGAGGGAGAGACAGCAGCAGAUGGUCAGAGCAGCCGAAAACCACUACCUGGCUGAGCUGCAGGCUCGGAGGGCACCACCAGAGGACAGGGCCAGGCCAGGUGAGAGGCUGACCCCGAACAGACUGGACAAAACCAAGGACUCUGAGCACCCGUGUUUCCCAGCACACAUACCUAUGUCCCUGCAGCCGGGCCUUCACCCCUCCAGGGGCUCCAUCCCACACCCUGUGCCCAACCUGGUGCCUUCUCACUUGGGGAAGCAUCACGCUGCUGCUGCUGGGGGGAUCCAUGGAGCUCUGGCAGCUGCCAUGAUGACUCAGAGGGCUAGUGAGGCGGCAUGGUUGACACGGCAACGAGGACAAGGGAAUGAGAGGGACGCUCCGCUGGAGAUGGGCCUCAGGUCACCUGGGAAAGGGAUGGAGCUGAAAAGAGACAGUCACAGAACCUAUUCAGUCCAUCAGAACUCAGGAAGCAAAGACGUACCUCCCUGCCUCGGUGCUCCACCUCCCCUUAUCUCCCCUAAAGGUCCCCAUCCUCCUGCCCCUUUGACCACACUGUGGAACCCGGCCUCCUUCGUCGGCACCCCCUCCGACUCCCGCAGAAAACUGAACCCUCCGACCCCGCCAAGCCGGCCGCCUCCAGGACUGACCAGAGCCGACAGGCCGACGGUAAGCUGGGGGGAGAAGCAGGAAGACGGAGGCAGAAGGCGGACGGAGGUCACAGAGCGGUACACCUCAACGAUUGGAGCUAGUUUACAAGAAGCAGGUUCCUGGAACCAGGCAGACCAGGACCGAGCCAUCCAGAGCCUCUAUCACCGCCAUCACAUCAACAACCUCCACAAGAGGCCCAUGGAGCCCCCGUCUGUUCCCCGCGCCGGUGCUGAACUGGUGGGGCGGUGUCGGGCCGCUUCUCCGCCUCUGGUAAGGGAGCGACAGGGUAAGCUGCCCAGCAGUGUACUGGUGUAUGACGAGGUUCUCCAGCAGCACCGCCAGCUGCUCAGCAAACUGGACCUGGAGGAGAAGAAGAGGAGGGAGGCCCGAGAGGGAGGUUAUUUCUAUGAACUGGACGAGUCGUACGAUGAGAGCGACGAGGAGGAGGUAAAAGCUCAUUUGAGGAGAGUGACGGAACAGCCCCGACUCAAACUCGACACGUCCUCCGAGAAAGUGGAUUUCCUGCGCGCGUGCGGUCUGACCACGCUGGCCCAUCGCGACGAGCUUCUGCUGAGGAAAAGGCGAAAGAGGAGGAGGAUGAUGCGAGAGCGCAGCCCCUCUCCGCCGGCCGCGCGGAGCAAGAGGAAGGCCUCGUCGCCUUCGGCACCUCCGGCUCCCUUAACUACGCCAUACUCUGCAGAGCAGAUGGACUGCACCCCUGAACUGCACGACAAAAAAGACUUCCUCCUUAUGUUCAACCUCUCCCACGUCAGCCCACAGCAGAAGAGAGAUAAGGAAAGGCCUGAGGGGCUGCUGAAGGCCAUUCAAAGGAAGACUGUGACAUUAGACACACUCAGAUAUAACCCUUUACCUCCGUGUAGCAGUCCUCUUGCUAACUUAACUUGUGACUCCUCAUCCGCCUCUUUGCUGAGUCAAUCAAAUGGACACCAGUACCCAGACUCUCCCAGCCCCUCCCCUCCCUACUUACACAAACCCAAACAUCUCGCCCAUAAUGACACAUUCAAACCCUCCGUGGACACCCACACGUCCCACAAUCCGCCACCUUUGAACCCCCACCCUGAAAAGGCCGAAUUCACGGAGGCUCAGCCAAACAGGAAGCUCCAGGGCCUCCAGAACGCCGUUGCUUCCCCACACAAAAAAGAAUCCAAUCCGGUGCAGAAUGGACGGAAUCGGCCCUGGGAGAGGUUUACACCGGAGGCUUUUGCUCAGCACUUCCACCAGGCCGUGCUGCAGUCCACACAUAGCACACUGCAGAACAAAGGAGUCUCGAGCUGUUGCCCAGAGGACGGCGCGAUGCCUCACAGCGUCUCUCAACUGAAAAACUCAUCCACUCCGUAUCCUCUUAUCCACGCACUUCAGCACGGACAGAUCAACGGCUAUCACUUCCACCCCCUUGCAGCCGGCAGGGACACUCCAGAACCGCGCGAAGACCUGUCUGAUGAGGACGAGGAAGAGUCUGGUCAGGAGGAGGAAGGCGAUGAGGUGGAGAUUGAAGAAGCACCGAGGAAGUGGCAGGGUAUUGAAGCUAUCUUUGAGGCCUACCACGAGUAUGUGGAUGAAUGGAGUAUAGAGAGGCAUGUUCUUCACAGUCAGUGUAAAAGACUUGAAGCACAGAAUUACAAUCUGACCAGAACCGCCGAGCAGCUCACUCUCACUAUGGGUGACCUGGUGAGUCAGAGGCAGAAGGUGAGAGAGGAGAGGGACAGACUUCAGGCCCAGCUUGAGCACUUCAGGAGGUGUUUGACACUACCGAACAUACAAUGGGGCAGGGGGCAAGUCAACGGGCACACGCCGAGGUGACCUCUGACACCAACUCCCAGGCAGAUACACCUCUGACACCAACAAACCAGUAACAAGACAAGCUGGAGCCAGAUCCCUCUGCACUCGAGAGCUUGAGGGAGCCAACCCUCGUCUUGUGUGGCCAAUCGGUUAUGUUUCCCGUCUGGUUCAACAUUCAACUGAUUACCUGCCAAGUUUUCCACGGUAUCCGUAAACCAUGGUGACCGUGUGCGUUCCUGUCUCUCUCUCGUUCUGCCGAUGGAUUGUUAUUGUUGGUUGAUAACACCUCCGUCCUCCGUUACCCUUACCUGUCCCACAAGUCCCCAGCUUUAAGGAUAUUUUUGCAUAAAGUGUAGGGAUUCACACAUAUGAGAUGCAUCUCUUGGCACACAUCUGUAGCCUCUCUGGACAGCAAUAAAGAAGAGAGUAAGUGUGCAGGGGUCACUUGGUCUGACUCAAAGAAGGAAGAAUGAGUCAAGGAAUCAACGCACACCUCAGGCCUUAAACUCGCUAGGAUGCACUUGAAGUGGAAUUGGAGGAAACACUUGACCGUCCCCUGUGUGGUACAACAUUGUAGUGUCUAUUUAGCACUGAAUCUGACAGUUGAAGCAGUUUGUGUGCGUGUGAAGCUUCCGCAGCGGAUAGAACAUCUAAAAGAUAUUAUCUAUUUAAUGGUAAAAUGGUAUCAAUGAAGUUUUUUGAGGUUUAAUAAAAUUUCCAUUGGUAAUGUCACUUGUGAUAUACAAAGAAUUUUGUAUGUUUUAAUGUUUUAACCAUCUCUUGUGCAAAGCCAUAUGUUACGUUUGAACUGCUGCUGGUCAGAAUAAAAAAAUGUUUUGAAAAUGAAGGAUGUUAGGACAGUUGUUUUCAGAAAUGUGACCAAGAUGCACAGGGGAUAGUAGACAACAUGAAAAAAGUUUUGUCUGUCAUUAUCAUGACGAUUGCUCAGAUGGUCUAUCCACGUGCCUAUAAAUGUUGAUAAAACUUGAAGAGAAUAAAAGUUGUGAUAUUUUUAAGCACAUCACAAAAUUCUUAGUUAUUGACAUCACGCGAGCGAAACAACAGUACUUUUAGACACAUUGUCCGACCGCAUUAUUGUUUACACCAUUCUAAAGGGUAUUUCUUCUUAAAUUAUCAUGGAAAAACUGAUCAGAUUUUGUGAAGGAAACAGAAAAACCCUGAUUAUUAUUCAGUUAAAUUUCAGGACUGUCAAAACUAAUAUACAAUAUAUUUUGAAUAUGAAAAUAAUUUAGAAUUGUUCGUGUGUGACAUCUGAAUGUCUCUAUCUCUCUAUAGAUGAUAAAAAUAAACUAAAUUUUUCUCUUUUGAUGAGAUCCAUUUGGUCAAGCCUGAUACAACAAAUACAAAACGUCCUCUGAAUGCUGAAGUCCCAGGAGCGCGUUCCUACAAGCACAAACGAGUAGCUAUGUCAUCAAAUCAUCUGACUUUCCUGCGUCACUUGUCCACCUCCUUAAACUUGCUGUGAAAUCCUGUGUUUUAUUUUGAAUCAGUUUUCAUGUAAUGUAUUAUUUUGACUGUAAAAUUGUGAUUAUUAUAAAUAAUCGUUUGUUUUUAUUAUUAAUUAUUUAUUAACAUAUAUUGCUGUACAUUCCGAUGGAAAUUUACAUUAUAAUAUUUGCAAAAUGUCUAAUUUGUCAUUGGCAUUAAUCUGGGGAAAGUUGUCACUCCUCACACAUUUUUAAUUUCAAUCAUUUUCUAUCAGUUAGAUGUUCUUCUCUUGGUUUUUAUAAAUCUUGUAUCUUUGGUUCAGAAAUUGCCCCAAAAAUCCCAAAUAGGUGUUGAAUUGGCAUACACAAUGGGAGCAUUGUCAUCCUGGAAAAGACCACACUGAUGCGGUGACGUUGGUUAUAACGAACAUUUACUUACGAACCGUACUUAAACACUAUUUUGAGGAACUUCCACUUCUUUCAGGUUUUCCCAUUUUAGGCUACUUUAUACUUCCAAGGCACAGGCACACAUUGCAUAUUACAGCUAGUAUUGCAAAUAAAGGUUCUGCCCCUCCAGGUUUUCUUUUAGCUAAUUAGACCUCAAACUGUUUUACCAGAUUCAAUGCACUAAUGUUAGGGAUUUAAGCAGUAGAGCACAACUAGCGGUAGAAAUUAUAACACCUAUAGUAAUGUUUAGUGUUUUGAAUUGUAGUUUGGUGAUGUUAGAUAAUUGCAAUAUCAAUAAAACACAAUUUAUAGACAUUUAAGUCAUAUAAUGACUGCACACAUUAACAUCCUGUCACGAUGUAAUGUUGAAACCUGGGGACGGAUGGUAAUUGUCCUUUAUGCUUUUCUCUCCAAUUUUCUCCCCAAAGAGGGUUUUUUGGUAGUUUUUACUCCUGUCAGGUAUGAGCAAAGGAUGUUUGACAGCCCUGCGUGGCAAACCAAUAUGGACCAUAUAGAACUGAGUUAAACAUAAUGGUUAAGGUGUGAUGAUUUAAGAUGUGUUAUUAUUAAAGAGCACUGGCUAUUGGAUGAUGA